UUUUAACAAAUUAUAUAACUGGAACGAACGUGAUAAAAUCACGCGUAAGAGUGAUCGAUGUGAUCUCCAACGUCUCCCUUCCUCUUUUCCAAGUUCCUUCCUUUUAAGUCAUCUCAAUUUCAUCGCUCCAUUGUUCUUCAGGUAUCAAUUUUACUGCUGUGGAAAUUUUAGAGUAGGCGUCUAUGUUGAUUUAGAAAGUUAAGGAUUUGGAUACGACCCUCUUUGAUCUGACACCGGAAUGUUGGUUCGUUAAAUGGAGAGAAAAAUAACAGAUGACAGUGAACUAGGACCAGUCCCUCUGGUUGUACCGGUUGAUAGAUUUGGGUUUCUUAAGCAGGAACAUGGCAAUUCUUCUCCUCAUCGUUUCACCAAGACUAGAUCAUCAUCUAGUUCAUAUGACAAGGAGGAGAGAAGAGUGACAAAAUGGAGGAAGAUGAUUGGAACUGGAGGUAGUGACUGGAAGCAUUACGUUAGGAGAAAACCUCAUGUUGUCAAGAGGCGAAUUCGAAAAGGGAUCCCUGAUUGCUUAAGGGGUCUUGUCUGGCAAUUGAUCUCCGGAAGCCGAGACCUUUUGCUUAUGAAUCCUGGUGUUUAUGUGCAACUGGUGAUUUAUGAGACAUCAGCAUCAGAACUUGAUAUCAUUAGGGAUAUCUCCCGUACUUUCCCAUCACAUGUUUUCUUCCAGAAGAGACAUGGACCAGGCCAAAGAUCCUUAUACAAUGUUCUAAAAGCAUACUCUGUUUAUGACAGAGAUGUUGGAUACGUUCAGGGAAUGGGUUUUGUAGCCGGUUUGUUGCUUCUUUAUAUGAGCGAAGAAGAUGCCUUCUGGUUGUUAGUUGCAUUACUCAAAGGAGCUGUUCACUCCCCAAUGGAAGGAUUGUAUCAGGCAGGGCUUCCUCUUGUACAGCAAUAUCUAUUACAGUUUGAUCAGUUGGUAAGGGAGCUAAUGCCGAAACUAGGAGAACAUUUCACUCAAGAAAUGAUCAAUCCGAGUAUGUAUGCAAGUCAAUGGUUCAUAACUGUCUUUUCGUAUUCAGUUCCUUUCCCUGCGGCUCUACGAAUUUGGGAUGUGUUUCUAGCCGAGGGUGUGAACGUUGUGUUUAAAGUUGGUUUAGCAUUGUUGAAGUAUUGCCAUGAUGAUUUGUUGAAAUUGCCGUUUGAGGAACUCAUGCAUGCUCUGAGGAAUUUCCCUGAAGAUGCCAUGGAUCCUGAUACUUUGCUUCCACUGGCUUAUUCCAUUAAGGUAGCAAAGCGUUUGGAAGAAAUGAAUCAGGAGAGUGAGAAGGCUGUAGCUAAACAGGCUCAAACGGCCAAACCGGUUCAACUAUAGGGUUUGAUCUUCUUCAACCGAAUCAAACCGAAACCGAUUCACCAAGAUUCUUCUCAUUCUUUUUUUUUGAUGCAAUUUUUUAUCUUCGUUUAUAGACACCCUCAUGUGUGAAAACAAUAUAAGUCUUUCUUUUGGGAAUUGGGGGCAUAUAACUGAAAUUAACUUUUUUUUUUUUAAAAGAAAAAACAAAUUGUUAAUAGAAAACUCAAGCUUGGAUCUAGAAGAAACAUUUCUCAAAGUCCGUUGCACAUAUUGCUCUGAAUUAUCUCUUGUUUUGAAAAAAAAAAAGUAUUACGUCUUUUCACAUGUGUGACUUUUGUUGUGAUAUUGGUGAUGUCUAUCUCAAAUCCAAAUCCUUACUGUCUCUUUCAAUCCAGUGUGGUUGAUCUGAUUAAGGCGAAGAUAACGUUAGUGUCACGCACAAACCUUUUAAUAAACACUUAUAAAUAAAUGCAGCAACCCCUACACGUUUUCCUUCAAGUUUCUAGAGUUUUGAUUCAAGUCUUUGCAGUUUUCUGAUUCAUUUUGGAUCUCUGGUUGGUUUUUGUCAGAUAUAUGCAAAGUAGUAUACAUUGAUGGUAAUUGCUCAACUCAAUUUUGAUAUGAAUUUUCAGAAGAUGAUGAAAGAGGUAAAGGAGGCUUUUCGUUUUGUAUGUUCAUCUGAAUUCUGGAGGAUGGUUCUGUUUUGGAGUAUCUGUCUUGUUUCUUCUGACUUUCAAUUGCUUAGAGCAAGGAUUUUUGGCUCAAAAUCUACUUCCAUUUCUGGCUCCAUCUAUCCACAUAAUGGAUCUUCGAAAGCCAUUUGUGUUAUCACUGGUGUAAAUGAAGUAAUAUGUUUACUCGCAAUUUGCUUACCUAUUCUUGUUGCAUCAAAACUUCACACUUGUGUUAUGUUAUCACUGGUUGUGUGAAUCAUUGCUUUGAUUAUGGCAUGAUGUAAUGCCUCCAGUUUUAAUUAUAGACUUGUUUUGUU